CGCCAAGGGCCAAAAAGCAAGUAAGCUCGAUGACUGGGAUGUGGAGAACAGAUAAGAAUGAGAAGAGUCCUUGCAGAUGCUGAUUAACAAAGUAUACUCAAAGAAUUGAGAUAAUGAGGAUUUUAGCUGUCAUCUUCAUCAGCAACUUCGAGGGGGCAGAGCUGGCAGGUCUUUUUCAUCAGCCUGGGUUUCUGUGGUCGCUCAAAGCUAGUCCUGUCAAGAGUGAGAGCCAAGAAACUUCACCUCUGUGUGCGUCUUGCUGGAUGCGCCUGGAGAGGGCUUCGUGCUGCGUUCCCUGCACGACGGGCAGCGUCCGGCCCCGGAGGCGAGGAAAGAUCGCGCUGCUCUCCCGCCCUGUCGGGUCGCCCCGCCCCCGGACUCCGCCCCGGCCACAGUCCAGCCGAGCCAUGGAGUCGUAUCUCAGCUUCCGCGGUCGGAGGGCCCUGGUGACUGGGGCCGGCAAAGGGAUCGGUCGCGCCGUGGCCGUGGCGCUGAGCAGGGCCGGGGCCCGCGUGACCGCGCUGAGCCGAACGGCGGCGGACUUGGAGAGCCUCACGCGGGAGUGCCCGGGCAUCGAGACCCUUUGCCUGGACUUGGCUGACUGGGAGGCUGUGGAGGCGGCGGUGGGCGCGGCGGGGCCGUUCGAGCUGCUGGUUAACAACGCGGCGGUGGCGGAGCUGCAGCCGUUCCUGGAGGUGACGCGGUCGGCCCUGCAGCGGUCUCUUGAUGUGAAUUUUGGGGCUGUGCUUCAUGUUUCCCAGAUAGUUGCUCAACAGAUGAUUGCACAGCAGGUGGCAGGGGCUAUUGUGAAUGUCUCCAGCCAGGCAUCAAAGCGUGCACUGAGGGAUCAUGCUGUUUACUGUUCCACAAAAAGUGCUUUGGAUAUGCUGAGCAAAGUAAUGGCAAUGGAACUGGGACCCCACAAGAUUAGGGUGAACACUGUGAACCCCACUGUGGUUAUGACUGACAUGGGGAGAAUUAACUGGAGUGAUCCUCAGAAAUCUGCUGCCAUGAUUAAUCGGAUUCCCCUGGGAAAGUUCGCAGAGGUGGAUGAUGUGGUGAACAGCAUUCUCUUCCUGCUGAGUGACAAGAGUGCUAUGACAACUGGCAGCUCACUGAUGAUCGACGGAGGCUUUCUUGUCUCCUAAGAUGACACCUGCAUUUCACACCUGGCCUCAGUUUACAUAUGAGUACUGCAUAGAUGUAAACUGGAUAGUAAACAAUGGAUUGUAAACAAUGACACAGACCUCUUGCUGGAGGGGCAGCAGGGCUGAAGACUGUAUUAGAGGUGAGGCAGAAAAUCAGCUUUGCAAGGCUGCUAUAUAAUAAAGCUCACAUACGCCUUCA